GCAUCUACCAAGACAAUUCCUUAGCUUUCCAUAUAUCCGUGGCGCUCUUGUCUAGUUACUUUACUAUAUCAGAAAAUGGACCAGACUGAAGAAAUUAGUCUCGAGGAGCGCCUGAAGUCUGCUCUUUGGCUGGCAAUCGGCAAGAUCGUGGACGAGGAAACCAUCAGGCUUGGAUCCAACGCCACUCCCCAAUUCAUCGCGGCGUUGACGGAACUGGUCUGGGCUCAGAUAGAAACCGUCAGCCAAGACCUGGAGUCUUUUGCGAAGCAUGCCGGUCGUUCAACGGUCACCGUUGCCGACGUGAUGCUGCUGGCUCGCCGUAACGAGGGCUUAGAAUCCAUCCUAAAGGCGUUUAUCGAACAGCAACGUGAGGGGGAGGAUUGAUUCGAGGGAUGAGAUUUGUUCAGUCAGAUCUGGCGCAACAUCACAGAAAGUACAUGGUUUGGGGGCCAGAUCACUGGCGCUACUAUCCAAAAUCGCCUUAACAACCUUCUAGAAGUCAGUCAGAAGCCGUUCCCUUCGAUC